CUUUCAUCCCGUCGUGAUGGCUCCUGGCAUUAUCUCCCCCUCCCCGGGAAUAUGUCAUCGUCGUUCUUUGCCAAUCGACCUGCAAACUCUCGCCAAGUCUCAUCUUUUUCUGCUACUUUCGAUGACAGUGUCUCUCAGAAUGGCCGUUCGGCACGGCGUGAAAAUGGGCUUGCGCGCAGAUACAAUGGCGUGGGCAGCUCGAAUAUCACCAAUGUAGUUCAAGCUCUUCACCGUCGGAGCGGCAAUGAGCUUGGCAAUAGCGCAUCCUCUCUUCUCUUGAACACUUCCUACCACUCCAUUGUUGAUUGGAUCCGAGUUGAGCGUAUGAACCACUUGCCACCAGAAGGUAGCAGUUACGACAAGGUCCUUUCUUGGGCUCAGCUCUUCAUCGAUAGGCUCCACUCAUUUGACAAUGGAAUUCGGGAUUUUGCCGGGGACAGUUAUCUGGCUGCGCAAUUGUCGUAUGGAUAUUGUGCGAUGCUUCUUGAGCUGGGUAAAGACAACGCCCCUGCUCUGAUGAUCUCUUUCGGCUUUUUUUACAGCACUUCUUCCGCACUGGUGAAUCUUCUUGAGAGGACGGAGCUGUUCGCCGUCUCCCAAGAGAUCAAGGAGCAGCUGAUCUUGGCACUGUCCGAUCUCGUCACACUCGUCGCUUCGGUAUCGACAUACUACCACAAAGCUAUCCGGGGGCUCACUACUGCCUCUGUCUCGGUCAAUAUCUAUGACACCUUCCCAAGUCAAAUUCAAUCCUUCAGGGAUCGAUGUAAAAAGAUAACGGAGGCUAUGUGGCGACACCAGCUCGUUAAGGAGAAUAUAGACUCUGAGCAUGUUACCAUUGUCAACGAACUACGAUCAUGGCUGGCUCCUGAGGACCGUGUGCUCACCCACCUCGUGGAGAAUACAUCUCAACUUGCUCUUGAGCGCGAGGAGAUGACCUGUCUGUGGCUUGGCCCGUACUUGGCUCGUUUUCUGAAGAGCGACUGUCAAAAGUUAUCUCUAUACGGAGCGCCUGGAUCCGGCAAAUCUGUUCUUGCUUCGGUGAUUGUUGAUCGUCUGCAAGAGCAUGUUGGCGGCGUAAUUUACAACACUAUAUUCGUUCCCAUCAAUGCCCGUGUUCCUGUUCAGACUACCCCAAUCGCCAUCGCAAAGACAAUUUUGUCCCAACUUUUUGAGAAGCGCAUCGGUAACAUCCAGUUGCUGAACAUCUUGAGGGAUGCCUUUGAUCGUGCACGCACCACGUUUAGUCUGCCGGAAUACGAGGACAUUCUAUGGAACUCCCUCGAGCGUGCUCUGUCUGCCUCAUUACGUGGUGCCAAGGAGCUCGUUCUCGUGAUCGAUGGCCUUGACGAAGCUACUUGCGGAGAGACUGCUUUGCUGGAGAGACUGACUACUGCUACUGCCAGUGCUGCGGGAGUGAGACUCAUCACCCUUGGAUCUGAGAAACCUUCCACCAAGGACAAAGCAAUGGGGAUUUCAGUCACUGAAAGCAGAAUUGCUGACGAUAUUGCCGCCGUCGCGAGAAAGUCAUUCGAGAAAUGCCGAGUCUUUCAUGAAUUGGGUGAGAUGGAGCAGGAGACGAUUGUGGAUCAAAUUACAGAGGCGUCUCAUGGCUCAUUCUUGUGGGCUAAGCUUGCUGUUAAGCGCAUUUGUCAUGAGACCUCUCUUGAGGCCUUGCACAAGAUGACGGAUUUCAUGAUCAACGGCAAAUGGGGCGUGGCUGACUUUGUCACUCAUGUACUCGCAUCCACCGACAUCAGCGAGGAGAGUCGAUUGAUGCUUCUUUGGCUUGCAACAGCUGAGAGACCUCUAACGUUGAAGGAAUUGACCACCUUGGCUCUGGUUCAUGUCGAUAAGCAGAUCAUAUCUGAUCGCAAGAUUGACACUCUUGCCAAUCUGAAGCCUUUCACCUCACUCGUCACCAUACAGGAUGCUCAAGUAUCCCUUCGUCACGGGCUGAUCCGCGUGGCUGUCCUGGACGCGUAUGCAAAGGGGAAGCUUCUAUCCACUGUCAAAGAUCGACAUGCUGAUCUGCUGACUCGACUCUUGAUUUAUAUCAAGGCUACCGUGAUCGAGCAGCAUGACCCUUCAAUGACCGGGUUGGAUCGCCAUGACGUCAAUAUGCUUGUGCAGAAGCACACACUUCUUGACUUUUGCGUGCGAUAUUGGCCGCACCACCUCCGAAACACAAAAGGUUAUUCGAAUGGUGGCGAGGCUCUUGCUGCUAAAGAAUUCGGAAAACAAUUUCCUGCCAACGUCACUCUGUUGUUACUCCAGAGCUCGUUGUGGCAGAGUAUCUCCACGCCCACGCUUUUGACGUAUCUGACCAUUGUCAAUGGUAUGAACCGCCACAUUCUGACUCCAGAUCACAAAGUCAGCUUGCAGUCAAUGAUAUUUCUCGCUCUUCUACGCCGAGAUAUGAGACAGUUCUCCGAGGCAGCUUCGCUGCUCUAUGAGGUGGCUGUAGCCAGCCGCAAAUUGCUCGGCAUCAAGCAUAUCAUUACUUUGCAAAUUUCGAGUAUCUUCUUGGAUCUGACAGUAGAUCAGAUAACCAGUACCAAGACUGAGAUCAUGAAGAGGCGGGAGGAGAUCCUCUAUCUCCUCGUUGAGUGCUACCAAAUUCACUAUGGUAGUAGCUCUGAGAAAGUUGUGGCUACUCUCAGAAUUCUGCUUGACCACCACCGCCUACUCAAGGAAGACAUCAGAAUCAGAGAGAUUGAAGCAAAAAUCAAAGUCAUCACAGGAGGUCGCUAUGAAGAUACGGACAGCGAUGGCCAUGGAAAUCUUCACGUGCAUUUGAGAGGGCGCCGGGCCUCCAGCGAGGGCGGAGCGCUUUUCACCUUGGAUACUGAGCUGGAUGAGUAUCUUUCGGAAGCCUUCGACUUUGAGGCUCUGUUGCUGAAAGCGCAAACUUACGUCGCGCAAGGCCACUUUGUUGAAGCCGAGCGUGUAUACGUGGAAAUUUGGCAGCGAUCGAGCAUGGAGUGUCGCGUGCAAAUCUCCGAGUACUGGGAGCAGAUCAAGUUGAAAUCGGUCACGGUCUACUCCAGGUUCCUACAAUCACAAAAACGCGAAUCCGAAGCGACUUCGAUCCUGUCUAGUGUCUGGGAAGAAUACCGCAGUACGAAUUUCUCGGUGACCGAAUCGACAUCUGUCCAUUUCCGGGAAAUUGCCAUGAUCAUGGCCACUGUGGGUCUGUCUACAACAGCCUUGAGUAUCUACAAACACUGUGCGCAAUACUACAAGAGUGUCAACAAGACCGAGUCCGCGGAGUACAAAGAGAUCAGCAAAAGUAUCGAGUAUACUUCUCAACAAGUGGUUCACCAGGCAAGCUCUUCAUCAACUGUUGUAUCCGAAACUGUGCUUGAGGAAAUCGUCUUUGAAGCUUCCACCUCCAUCAACACCAUCAAUGAAAGCUCUUUCACCGCCACAUAUACGCUGGUAGAGCUGUACGUCGCCCAGCACCGUUGGAGAGAUGCUACGCGUGUCGUCAAGAAGGUUUUACACGGCCUUUGGCCCUCACUGUUUGCCCCUUCCAUUGAAGAUGUCCUUCUUCCGAGCAAACACAUUGAAAAGUGUGUUGAGCUCGCUGAGCGCCUCUGUCAGUGCUAUCAUUAUCGUCGUCGCUUCAGCCGCGAAGAGGGAAUCCGCCUCCGUGUAUUCCGAGCAGUUCGUGCCACCAAACCCGUGGAUGACAAGACUCGCGAGCGCGUCUCGACGGGCUUGCUACUCUACUACGAAGAAUCGUGCCAGCUGGAUUUGGUCAUCAGCACUCGCCAGGAGAUCCUCGAUGAUUAUGUUGCCCAUUACGGUCCCGAGCACCCUAUCGUCAUUAAAGCACUCUGGACCCUCGCUGAGUUGACUCGUCCAAGGCCCAUCUCGAUUGAGUACUACCAGCGUCUCAUUAGAGCCAUGAACAAAGACUCUCCCCACUGUCAACAAGACGCACUUGAGCCGCUCAUUAUUGUGUUGACCGAGCUGUGGAACCAGAGUCGCUACUCAGAUGCCGUGUCUUAUUAUGCGCUGCUUUUUGGAACAUUCCUACAUGAUCAUAAGCGCAGCGCCAAGUUCCAAUCGGCGGACUUUGUUCAUGAAACUUUCUCGCGCUACACUUACUGCCUUCGUCAUGUCCGGGUCGAGUACAGUGAGAUACACAAAGUCUCGGUUGAUUACCACAGCAAAGUGAAGACGAUCUUUGGUGCUACGGCUUUGAUCACCGUCAAGGCGACGUUGAGCCUCGCUAGAGUUUGCCAGGAGUCGAAGCGGUUCGAGGCUGAUGCAAUUGCCCUCUACGAGGAACUACUCGCAAUGAAGGUUGCUGAAUUUGAUCGAGAGGAGGUGAUUGCCAUUCUUGACGGACUCUACGAAGAACAAACCACAACCAUCACCUCAAAAACAGAGACAAUGUCAUCGACUCAAAUCGAGCGGUUCUCGAAGGUUAUGCGCAAGCGCAUGACUACUGUUCGAGAGACUCAUGGCUGGGCUCAUGAAGAGUCGUUGACUAAGUUGAAAGAAAUUGUGACGUUUCAUUCCAAAUACAGCGAAAGUUCAGAGGUCGUUCUGACAGAGCUCAAGGAAUCGACCGUGCAGAUUCUGCAGACGGAGAGCUCUUCCACCCGUCUCGUGGCUGCUGCGUCAACCAUAGCCGAGGGCUACAUUACCACCAAGCAGGUAGCCAAGGCGACGGAGAUAACGCAAGAGCUAUAUCGUCAAGUUGUCAUGAAAGAGACAAAGAAUGUCAAGGUCUUCAACUUUGACCUCACAGCGAAGGGUCGACAAAGCUUGAUAUUCUUGGCUCAGCUCGAGCUUAGUCUACUCCAGCACAAGAAGACCAUCACCGAAGUUCUGGCAAUACUCACUGCCGAGUAUGUUUACUUUGAAGAUUUCCGCAGCUGCAUUCGUGCGAAGAGUAGCUCGUUCCACACCGUCUCGCUUUCUGCCUCCCGGCUUUACCAUUUCCUGCUCUCCAACAAUCGCCAAGAGGCUGCAACCCGCGUCUUUGAUGAUUAUACUGCGUACUUUAUCGCCAACGAGGGCAAGCGGACGAAGCUAGUCGAGACCAAAUUGGUCAAGGUUUUCCUGUCGACCAUUCUGGAUCAUUUGCAGAAUCACAAAUCCACCAAUUUCAUCCGGUCCGUCGGCAUCGCCAGUACUCAUCGCGUGGUCGAUCUGCUGCAGAAGAAGGACUAUGAUUGUGCAUGCGAUCUUGCUUUUGCAUCGUUCAAGUAUAUCUCCGCCCAUGACGAGUAUCGAUCGGCAGCGAUUGUCAAGUUUGUUCUUUCGCUCGGAAUCAACAUCACCGGACGGACGGCCUCUCUCCGACCGGAUCACAACACCCAGAAGAAAUUGAUUGGCGUCUCCAGUGUGAUCGUUCAGGAUGUUCUCCGUGUCGUUGGGGACUUGAAAAUCAGUUUAGCCCACGUCAACCUCGAAUACCUGAACAUCUUGAUCAGCGUCCUGGGCGAGCAAAAGGACUACAAGAACCUUUCGUGGGUUCUAUCUGGGCUGUGGAACAGCCGCAAUCAACAACCCGAUUGGUCGCCUGCGGUGACCCUUCAAUUAGCUCGUCGCUACAUACUCGCUCGCUAUCUGGCGGGUGACGUCCUCAAAGCGUCCCGUCUGGCCGAGGACAUUGUAUACAAUUGUCGCCGUGUCAACGGCGCUCGCCACCAAAGCACGUUGGAAAUGUCCACUCUUCUGUCUCAGCUCUACGCAGGCAUCGCGCAGCGAUACCAAGCAGAGAAAGGAGGUCAACACAUGGCCUACAAGUACUACAAGAAGAUCGCCAGCGUCCACGAAACCCUGCUGCGCACCUUUGUCGAUCCCUUCCACGGCGACGUCGAAGGUGGCAUCGAUGGGAACAUGAGCAUGGAUGGCUCGUCCUACGGUAUCGAGAUUGGAGACAGCCAGAUGCAAAGCUCCAUCUCUGACGUCGAACAGGUGCGCCAGCACAUGCAGCUGCUUAAACUGGCGGUACAGCGUCUGGGCGACUGGCCGAAGGACUUUGCUGAGUAUCAGCGUUUGAACGACGAUUUGGUCGAUGAAUUCGGGGAUGAGUUGUCUGGUGUCGAGAGGGUGGAAAAGUGGGAUGUGAAGAAGUUUGGGGCCGGAAAGGCUUCGGGCGAUGAGGAUCAAUUGAAGGUGGAUGCUAAGAUGUGGGAACUGGACUUGAAUCAGGCUCAGGCUGAGGAAGUCGAGGAGGAGCUGUGA